AUGCGCUUGAGGAAGGUAGAAGAAGGGCCCGAGGGCAUCGCAACGGUUUCGUUCCAGGAAGGAGGCACAGGCGUCCAUCGCUGUCGUAUGUGCGAAAUGAGGAAGGUGCGCCGGGGCUCCGUAACAGCCAAAGGACAGGCUAGAAGAUACACCCUCGCACGGAAAGAACGCUCACGAGCAAAGUAUGUUACAAUUGGAAGGGAAGGAACGGAUGAAAACGAGCAAAGUAGUCCCGAAGUAAAGACGACGUAA